ACUGGUGUGCUGCGGUGCGCGCGUGUGUUUUAUACAGUGUCCGCCGACCGUCGGACGUCUUACACGCGUUCGCAUACGAUAUCUGCCGGGCGUGUUCCCCCCCGACGACGCGGGCGACGUACACGAUAAUUAAUAACAAUAUCAUAUUAUUGUUGAUCCGUUUUUUUUUCUACGGACGGAACGCGAAUAGUUUUUGUUUCAUCGAACGUAAUUUUUUUUUUAAAUAUUUAUAUAUUUAAUUUGUUUACCGGCAAAAGUUCUAUAAUAUAGUAGUAAUACCGCCAAGACUACUAAUACUAAUACUAUUACUACUACUACUAAUAUCACUACUACUACUUCUACUUCUACUACUACUACCACCACCACAUACAUUACUUCUACUGUAAAUUGUAAUACUACGUUUGUACCACUAUUGGUAUCAUAUUAACCGCGGCAAAAGUGUACCGAGGUAGUUUAUCGAACGCGACGAGCGUGUAAUAAUAAUAUAAAGUCGUACGGCUAUAUUAUAUUAUCGUAGUAUUAGACAACCGCGACACCGGUGACAGGGAAAAAAAAAUCGUCGCCGGUGGCGACGACGGCGGCGGCGGCGGCGGCAGUGGCGUCCGUGGCGAUGUCGCGUUCACUGUCCGCGGCAGACGACCCGUUUACCACCCGGCACAUUAGCUGGACGAUUAGCUGGUACGCCGUAUAGUAGUAUCAUACGUGACAAAAUAACAACAAAAAUAAUAAAAAAUAUUCAGCGUCACACUCGUACAAACGUCAAGCGUGCACCACCAGACGACUACGACGACGAAAACGACAAUAUUACCGUAAAGACAACUGUAACUACAACUGCGGCGACACAAUCGUCUGCUGCAGGCUUCCCGUAUAGUCUCGUAUAUGAUGCCGGUGAAAUUACCGCCGUUGACGCUAUCGGCCGCCCGAUGAGUUGUUGUUGGCCGCCAGUCGCGUGUGUAACGACGCCGCCGCCGACCUGAGCGUUUGUGGGAAGUAUGUGGAAGACACGUAACCGAUACAAUUGGUCGUGGUCUAUACGUAUUGUCGUUGUUGUAGCCGCCGCAGCCGUAACGCUCGCGAUGUCCGCCGCCGAACCACGCGAAUCCGCCGUCUCCUCGUCCUCUUCCCUGCGUUCUUCUUCUUUGUCGUCACCACCGUCGUCGUCGCAAUUUUCUUCCUCCUCAUCCUCCUCGUUCUCUUCUUCAUCCUCGGCCGCCGCUACUAGUGCGGUAACCAUCGUCACGUCACAACUGGAAAGAGCGCCGUUCGGCCGCGACGGAACCGAACAACAGACUAACACUCCAGGUACAUCAGGUGGCAGACGACAACAUUGUCCAUGGUGCAAACGAGCGUCUGGCGCACUCCCGUUACCGUCGUCUUCGUCAUCGUCAGCCUCGUCUUCGUCGUCGUCAUCUUCAUCUUCGUCGUCGUCAUCGUCGUCGUCGGCAACUUCCGGUAUCAACCGGCACCACCAUCGGCGAAAGCACCGUCCGCGCGGCCGACGGCAUUACGACAGCGCCACUAGGUCUAGUCUGGACAAACAGCGGAUAGAGGCGAUCAAAGAACAGAUACUGUCUAAACUGGGCAUGACCGCAAAACCGAAUAUCACCAAGGCGCGGUCGACGAGGUUCCUGGUAGAGGCGCUGGCCGUCGAACCGUUGUCCGGACUCACCGCCGCCGACCCGGAUGCCGCCGCCGUAGCUGGCAAUACACUGCCGCCGAGUACACGGUUACCGACCACUAGAGACGCCGAUUCGGAGCCAGACGAUUUUUACGGCCGCACCAGAGAGAUCAUAGGAUUCGCGGAACCAGGAUCGACGUUAAACGGACAAACGUUGUUAGAAUUUCCGUGGUCACAGGAUAUGGGAAGCACUGAUUCUGUAAAAGUCAAGUCUGCAAAGCUGUGGUUUAGGUUAGAAUACAGGCCGGACGUUCCCCCGGCCGCGCGUAGGACCCAUCAUAGUCACAAUGUAACUUUGUGGCUGUUCAAAAUAAACUUCCGUACGAACCCAAUGCGGAAUACCACGUUCCUAAGUGGUAAGGAAUUUGACGAACAUGCCACGCUGGCGUCAUCGCUGUCGCUGUCUCUGAACAACCUGGGUUGGAUAUCGGUGGACGUAACGAACACCGUGCGCGAGUGGUACGGGUCCAGUGGCAAGCACCGGUUGCGGUUCCACAUCGACUGUUCCGGAUGUGGUGGCCUGGUGUCGCCGGUACUGUUCCACGACACCAGGCAGGCCAACGAGUGGGAGAACCCUUUUCUGAUGGUGUACACUGACCCGACGGUGGCGAGGCGCGUGCGCCGCCGGGCGCUGGACUGUUCGCUGGCGGUGCGCGGCCAAUGCUGCAAGCAGCGGUUCUACAUCAAGUUCCAGGACAUCGGCUGGGACUCGUGGAUAAUCGCGCCCGGCGGCUACUAUGCAAACUACUGCCGCGGCGAUUGUGGUGGCGUGCACAGGACACCGGACACGUACCUCAACUUCUACACGCAGGCCAUCGAGGACUACCGGAAGGCCAAACACUCGUCCAUAUUCCAGCCGUGCUGCGCGCCCGUCAAAUUCUCAUCCAUGUCGCUCAUCUACUUCACCGACGACGGUAACAUCAUCAAGCGGGACCUGCCCAAAAUGGUCAUCGACGAGUGCGGUUGUCCCUAAUGACCACGAUGGUGAUCAGACAAGUGUGCGCAAUAGUGCUACUAUAUUAUUAUAGUAGACGCGCCCAAUUAUUAUUAUUAUUAUUAUUAUUAUUAUUGACGACAUAUUACGCGUAUAAUACCAUUAUCGUCUUAAUAUUUAUAUUUGAAUCGCGCACGCACUACGUAUACAAAUUAUAUUAUUAUUAUUAUUAUUAUUAUUAUUUACUUGUAAAUUGUAAUGCGAUUACGUCGCAUAGUAUAUGUCACUUCGACGUAAGACGUAUAAACGUAUCAUGUAAUAAUAAUAUGUCCCUCGCUCGACGGUUUUUUCUAUUACUAUUAUUCUCGUUGUUCUUCUUGUUCUUCUUGUUCUUCGUAUUCUUCGUAUUCUUCUUCUCAUUAUUAUUACUAUUCUCAUACUUUUUAUUAAACUAUCAUUUACGCGUCUCUUCCACCGCUCCCCCGGACGUCGUUAUCGUUUUUAUUCUCGCUCCUCGUCCACCCACAAAUCAUCGAGCCGCGCGACCCUCGCCUGUCACCGAACGAUUUAAAAUGAUACCUACCCGGAAAACGUUCCGAGCCUCCGAGGGUUCAUAAGAAAAUCACUUGACAUUUACUCUUCGCAAACUAAAAAUUAUUUUUAUAAUGCAAAACCCGUGUACAUUACAGAGAGGUGAACCGGAUUACACACCCCAACAAUUUGCUUUAAUUAUUUUUUAAACCAAAUGGUAUUAUUUUCAAUAUUGUUGAAAAUGUAACAUGAUGUUAAUAAUAUUCUUCUUUUUUUUUUAUCGAUCGUCGUUAUUACAUCGUACACUUUUAUUUAAUUGAUUCUUAAAAACCAUUUUCUUCGCAAAAUCUAAAUCUAAUGUAAUUUACUAUUUUUCGAAUUUUCUGAUAUUGUCUUCAAUACUUUAGGGAUUUUUUUUUUAUAAGAUUAAGAUUGAAUAGAAAUUUUCUAUUAUCUUAAUUGUUUUUUCAAUGUAUCUAAAAAUGAGUUUAAUACGUCGGGUCGAGGUUAAUGAAAUGACGAAUUACAAUAAAUUAACGAUAUAAUUACGGAAACAAUCGGGUUCUACCAGAAAUAUCAGCGAUGACACACGUGAACGCACUCGAUCUAUUAAAAUGGUAAAAUUUUUAAAACUGAACACAUUCGGGUAAUUACCGAUUUGUUCAAGCAUUAUUUUAUAAUCAUAAUUCAUUAAUAUGACUGUUCUCGUAUAAGACAUUACAUAUUUGUGUAACGGGCAUCGUUGUCGGUGAUGGACGAACGUGGGUCGACAACGAUCGGAUGAAUAUAGUAACACGCUUAUACACACGAGAUUGUCGUCGGAUUAGUUUACAAAUUGUGAUUAAGAGAAGAAAAUACCGAAUUUUAACUACCCCGUGGGGACUCAGCCAUAGUCAUAGUAUUACGAUAUGGUGUAAUAUUUUCACAAAAGCGUUCGUCGUAAAUAGUGCAGACGUACAUAUGUGGUGGAUCGGUAAGACCUAAAAUAACGCUAGCCGACGGUUCUCUCGAAUUUUUCGUCAAACAUUUUAUAUAGGUACACCCACAGCGAUUUAUCAAAAAAACUCAACGGCUUUACGAGUUCCGUAGACCUGCAAGACGUGCAUUUCCGUAUGUAUUUAUAAUAUUAUGUACUCGCGAGAUUUAAUACGUUAUACUAAACAAUAAUAGUAGCCACCGCUGUCGAUCUACCGAUCAAGUAUAAUAAUAUCAUGGUGUUAAGCCUGAUCAGUUGUUUUUUCGACACGAUUUUUAUAAUAAUAGAAUACAAAAUAUGUACGUCCCGUGGUGCAGUCUGAAAUAAAAUCAUAAGCGAUAUCGCAUUACAGUUCCUUGACUUCGUAACUAUUUUGUACUACUGCAUAAAAAUAUAAUUAUAAUAUAUAUUAUUAAUUAUAAUUUAUAUAUAUAUAUAUAUAUAUGAUGUACUUUGGUGGUAAAUAAAACUAUAUUUAUUGAUAGGCAUCGCACAGCUCUAUACAGGUAAUUUAUAUAAUAACUAUAUAUAUAUAUUAAGUACAACGAACACGACUGACUAGUGAUUCGCGACACAUUGGUCAGCGACAUAAUGACCAUAGUUGCCGCUGGUUUCUUUUCGGAUUUUCGCCGGCGAAUAAUAAUUUAAACUCGGUACCGCUACAAUAAUAAUAAUAAUAAUAAUAAUAAUAUUAAAUUGUAACUUUAGCACGUCCGUUGAAUUCGUAACUACAGCAACGGCGACACAUCUUUAGUAUUUUUCAUUCUCAUUUUCGCAGCAACCUAAGUAACGAAUUUCAUUCGGUUUCCGCGUCAAAACGACGUAUGAAUAAUAAGCGAAUAGACAUAUUGAAAAUAGCCAAGAAUUACUAUAGAAAUGAUCGUAUGAAUCGCGAAAACUGUGUAAUAAUAUGUAUGACAAUCGACCACUGAUGUGAGGAAAAUAUCCCAACGUCCGGCGUGCGCAAAAGACGAACGCAAAACACGCUCUGCUGUUAUAGGCAAUGGCCGUUAGAUAAAUAAUAUUAUUAUUCAUCUCGUCGAAAGGUAUAGGGUAAAUGGGUGUGACGUUAUACUGCUCGAUUAUAUGCAUUAUAUAAUUCGUGGUGAACCGAAAACAUUUGGAGCGGGAGGGGCUCCGUGAUCCUUGUAACGUUGUAAGUUAAUGCAAUUUUCAUUUUGGUUUUCCUGAUAUUUCGGGCGGAGAGGGGUGAGAAGGGGGCAAGGAGUUUGAACCCUCCAAAACCCCGCUGCAUUCACCUCUGACAUUCGUAAUUUAACGCACUAUCGCCACUAAACUAUAAUAUUAAACUAUAUAUACACAUGAUAAUAUGAACCCAAUAUAUAUACCUAUCGCUGUUAGCUCGUAGCUAAUUUUAUAUUUCGUGUGCACAUACUUAUAAGUACUACGUAUGUUUUAUUAAAUAGCGUGUGCAUGCGUGUAUAUUGUAUACGAUCGCGUAUAACCUAAUUUUAUCCCGUAAAUAAAUAAUAAAUAUAUACAUAUUAUGUAUAUUUAUCGUUGUAAUUGUGUAGGAAAGUGUUAAAAUAUUCUUAUUUGAACGCUUCGGAAAUAAUAAUAAUAAUAUUAAUUAUAUAUAGUAAAAUUGAAUUAGUAGCAAUUCGUCUUACGAAAAAUAUAUAAUUUAAUAUUUAUAUAUAGAUACAUUAUGUACCCACUCCAUUAGCACAUUCCAUUUUAUUGUUGGUUUUAAAUUAAUGUUUAUGACGCGAAAAACUUAACUUACGAUACUUUAAUAUUCCAUAUUAUAUACAUAGUUACAUAUUAAGUAAUGAUAGAGUAUAUAGAUUCUAAAUUAUUAUAAUAACAAUAAAUUGUAACAAUAAUAAUUGUAAUUAUUAUUAUUUUAGAAAAAUGUUCUGUGAUCUCUUAUAAAACGUUUGUAUGUAAUAAUUGUUAUCGGACAGAAAUCGUUUAUUAUAAAUUAAACUCCCAAUCACCGAAGUGUUAUUAUAUGUACAGUGCACGCACAUAGAAAAAUAUAUAAUGCAUUUCCUCGGUUAUCAACAAAAUUAAUUAUUUGAAUAAAAAAAUGAUUAGGGACUUUCUUUUUUUAAGUUUUUGAAAAACCUACCACCGCAUAUUAUAACCGAUCUCAAUUGAAUAAGGGAGGAGGUCCCACGUCGUCGAAUUUAUUAAAAACUACGACGGUGGAGUCAACUCCGAAAAAUAAGAUAGUGUAAAGGUUUCAAUUAAUCAACAAUCUUUUGCAGCGUUUUGACGUUUCAAUGGAUUAAUGUGCUUCACCGAAGUGAAAACCCAAGGCCUAAUCUCCCCCUGUUUUCUACCAGCAUUGUAUUAUAUUUUAAAGUGUAGUAAAAACGCUUACUGAUUAAACAGACUAUACGGUAAUUUUUCAUUUUUAGCAAAAACCGACAAAUGCGUUUCAUCAGCCACUGGCAGCUCUUUAACCAACUUUACUCCAUGAUACCUAUGUGAAAAAAACUAAUUUUGGAGUUUCACUUUUAAUUGUGUUCUUCUGAAUUAUACCAUAGAAGUUUCGAGUCGUAAUUAUGAUUUAUUAUAUUAAUACCAAAUAAUAUGUUCCAUUGGCCCAAAUUAAAAUAAUAUUUAAUGAUAUCAUUAUACAAUUUUGUAAAAGCCCACCCCCCAAAUAAUGUAUAGGAAAACUAUCAAUAGCGUUUAAGAAGAAAUAUUUAAAUUAAAUUAAUAUAAACAAUUAUUAUCAUACGUUUCGAAAUAAUUAAUUUAAUGAAAUCGAAUAUUUAGAUAACAUUUUUUUAUAUAAUAAUAUUAUAAUAUUGAAUGGCAAAAACCAACAAACCAUAGUAUUUUAUUAUGAUUUUAGAUCUAUACAUAUUGACAAAAUAUCUAACGAACUAGAAUAUCCAAUUAAUAAUUAUAAGAAAAGUUUCGUUCGAUGAACGUAACACUCGUUUUACAUAAUUUUUCGAGUAGGUAUGUAUAACAGCUGGACGUAUUCUUUUUGAAAAUUACCUACACCAUCAGACUGAAUUAGUAAGAAUCAGUACGAAACACCGACCGCGACGCUAUAAGUUUAUUUGACAUUGUAGUAUCGUACUAUCGUUAAAUAUAUUAUGUACGGACAUCAUCGUAAUAAUGAAUUAAUAUUAAUUACCCGCAUUAAUAGAAAUGUCCCCGUGACCUUUACGCGCAGCUCGCAUUUUAUGUCAUUUAGAUUAAUUUGAAAUGCCUUAGAUGAGUUUGUUCAGAGACUGAUUCCGAACAUUAGAAUAGUGUUAGAAACAUUUUUUUUGAUUAUUAUCAUUCUUAUUUUUAUCCAUUGACUGGACUAAUAAUAAUAUGAUUGAUAAAUCAAAUUAAUAGAAACACUAGACAAAUUUUAAAAAAGAUCUUAAAUUAAUUAUUAAAAAAAAUAUGUAAAAUUAAAUAAUAAUAACUAGAUAAAUGUCGAGGAAUAAACUUUUCAUUUCCCUUAUUGUAUUUAUUUAUUUAUUUAUUAUUUGUUUUUUGUACAAUAAAUAUGUUUAUAAUAAACGAUAUUUCUAUAUACAUAUAUGUAUUACUAUAGCCUGAUGUAUUGUGUACAUUUUGUUUUCUAAAAAUUAUUUUGCCCACAUUGUGAUACUACAAGCUUUGGUUACUUGUAUUUCUUGUAACUACUAUUUUUUAACUACUAUAUAAUAUAAUAUAUAUUAUAUUAUAUAGAAUACUAAAUUAUUAUAUUUGCACGACGUAUAAGAAUUAAUGAUACAAUUUUAGUUUUUAGUUUUUUAGUGUUGUUACCUUGCUAUAAUACGUGCUUUUAUAAAUAUUGUAGAAUUUAUAUUGUUGUAUGAUAAAUAAUUACUGAUCUUAUUAUUAUUAUGUAUAGGGAAAAUAAAAAAAAAACAUCUGUUAGCAAUAAAUUUGAAAUACGAUUAUUGUAAAAUAUUAUUUAUUGACCUUUUAUCA